AUGGAACAAAUUCAAAGAUUACAAAGUGAUAUUAUUCAUGAUUAUAAUGAUAUCACAACUUUGGAAACGAACUGUUUAACAAACGAGUGUAUUAGUACUUUUGAAGAGCUUUCAAAUGAACUUAUUUAUGAAGUAUUUGAGUAUCUUGAUUUACAUUAUGCAUUCCAAGCAUUUUACGAUCUCAAUCAACGAUUUCAAAAUCUUUUUCUUUAUCCCAAUCUUCCAAUCAAAAUCAAUAUUUCAUCUAUAUCAAAAUCUACAUUUCAUUAUUAUCUGACAGAUAUUAUUAUACCCCACGCUGAUCGAAUUAAAUCAUUUCGAUUAUCAAAUCCAUUUGUUGCCGAUAUGAUUCAAGUUUUACGUAUUGUAGCUGACUAUACUCGUUUUUCUACUUUUAAUAUGGAAUAUUUAAAUGCUGAUCAAUGGGAACAAUUAAUUUCUACUCAUAUGCCAAAUCUCCGUAUUUUUGAUUUUCAACAUCAAUAUCGUUCAUGGUAUAACAAUCAUGAUCGUCAAGCAUAUGAGACCCGGUAUGAUCAGACAAAGAGCUAUCAUGUCGCCAUUUUCUAUUCAAUAAAUCCAUAUAGGAAAUCCUAUAUGUUAUAUGAAGAACUUGACAAAAAUGUCUCUUCACUUCAUGUCGAAACUAGCAAAGAUUCAGUUCAACAUGUUUAUAUUCAUAAUACAAAUGCAAUGGAACAAUGUCUGAGUUAUUUUCCAAAUGCUAUUGAGCUCACUCUCUCGGAAACUUUUCAUGUACCUCGUGAUUCAAUUGUAAUCAGUCUUAAUCGUAUUAUUCCUUUGAGACAACUCACUAAACUAACUUUUGAUUAUCAUCAUUUUCCAUUUGAACAAGUUAUCGAACUCUUACAUUUCACACCUAAUGUUCAUACAUUGAAACUUGAUUCUAUAUUACUUUAUCAAAGAAGUUCUUUUUUAAUUGAACAAAAUGAAAUAUUUCAAAAAGUAUCCAAGAUGAAUACAAUUACAAGUGUGACAAUUGGUAAUGAAACUACAUUAGAAGAAAUUCAAUUAGUUGUUGCUCUGUUUCCUCGAUUGAAAUGUCUUACAAUUAAUUUAGAUAAAGAAGAUUUGAAAACAAUAGCGCGGUUUCUAUUAUCGAAACCUAAUAAUAACACUGAUUAUCUAUCUACACUGUGUGUUUCAAAGCAACAACGAGGUUUAUUCACGAUAUUAGUAACUUUGAUUGAAUCGGAGAAACUUCUUGAUGAUUAUACGAUAAAAGUUAUUAAUCAAAAAUUAUAUUUAUGGUGGUAA